UGAAAAUGGAUUACUAUGGCUUUACGCUUCAUGAGCUUGGCCUCAAACACACCGAAGAUGUCGAAGGCUUCAUCGGCCAGAUCAUUAAGAAUGAUUUUUAUGAGAAAUUGGUCAUUAUUGGAUUCCCUUAUGAUCAGAUAUUAAAGAAAAUCGAUGCAAAAGAGUUAAAAGUUGGGGCUCAUUAUGGCCCUGACUCCUUCAGAAGAUUUAUCAGAACCUGUGGAGUGCUAGACAACAGAGAGUUUGGUAUAAAAAUUGAGAACAUCAAGAUUGCAGAUUAUGGAAAUGUUGUUGCUCAUAAAUCAAUGUGCGAGUUUAGCUUAGAAGAGAACCAACAGAAGUUGUUUAUUAAAUCUUUGCUUACUUUUGAGAGGAACCAGGUUAACUUCAUAAUGGGAGGCACAAGAGACUACACUCCAUUUGUUAGCAAAGCUCUAAUCAGCCAUAAAUAUUACUCUCUGGAAGAUAACCAAGAUAGGGAAAAGUACAACAAGACCUUAAUCAUAUCUUUGAGUAGCAUUUGAGAUGAUGAAAAGAUAGAAGAGAACGGAUUGGUGACUCCUUUCAACAGACACACUUAUCUGAGGAACAUGGAAGAAUUUGUGGAGAGUCAGUCACAACUGAUCCUUCUUGGUGCCUAUGAGGAACACAAAGCAGUUGGUGAUAGUCAGUUUAAAGUUAUCCCUAGAGAAGAGAUAGAUCUUGCAUCACCAGAGAACCCAGAGGACUUCCCUGUUCCCAUAGUCACAAAGGCUGGGAAGUACUUCUAUCAGCUACUAAAAGAGUCUUCAGACAUAUUCAAGUGAAUCCAAGUGGAUUAUAACAUCCAAAUGGCAGAGGCUUUCUCUACAGAAGAGAUGAUUGAAAUAAUGUUUUUGAGUGGAUACUUCAACGAGGUGAAAUCAUGAACUAUUAGUGAAUACAACCCUAGACUUGAAGAUAUCAUCACAGGCCAGCUCUGAGCAGAGAUGUUCUACUACUAUACACUUGGGGUUGAGCUCAGGGAAAAGAACUCCGAAGUGAAGUUUGUCAAACCUACUCCAAAAGUCAAGAAUAUAUUCACUGAAGGAUCCUUGUAG